AUGGCACGGAAAGCGAAGAAGGAAGCUCCUGCCCCUAAAGUGAAGGCCUUGAAAGCUAAGAAGGCAGUGCUGAAAGGCGUCUACAGCCACAGAAAGAAGAUCCAAACAUCACCCACCUUCUGGCGGCCCAAGACCCUGCGGCUCCGGAGGCAGCCAAAAUGUCCUCUAACGAGUGAGCCCAGGAAAAAUAAGCUUGACCACAUCAAACUCCCCCUCACCACCAAGUCAGCCAUGAAGAAGACAGAGGACAACACACUUGUGUUCACCAUGGAUGACAAGGCCAACAAGCACCAGAUCGAACAGGCCGUGAAGAAACUCUAUGACAUUGAUGUGGCCAAAGUCAAUACCCUGAUAAGGCCUGAUGGAGAGAAGAAGGCGUAUGUUCACUUGGCUCCUCAUUAUGAUGCUCUAGAUGUUACCAAGAUUGGGAUCCUCUAAACUGAGUCCAGAUGGCUAAUUCUAAAUAGACACUUUUUUUUUCACCAUAA